UUUGAUUAUUUUUCCAUUUCCUUUUCCCCGGUGGAUGCCGAGAAUCGACUCCACCCCAGCCCUGCCCCCAUCAUCUGUUUCUAAGCGACCCACAUCUCUCGUGCGGCCAUAUGUCAGACAGAAAUGAAACAGUUGAAACCAUAACCGGAGAGGUACGAGCGCCGCGGGGACAUUAUCGAAGACAAACAGGGAGGAAGGAACUCAUCUGACUCACGGUCACCACACAGAGUGAAGAUGAAGCUCUAUUCAUUGUCCAUGCUUAGUUUGUCACUUAUCUUGCUUAAUACCCCUUUUUCGCUGACCAGGGGAAAGGGAGGGAGAGGAAAAAGUUCGGGCAGCAAAAAAGUCUCUUCGGGCACCAAUACAGGAUACAAACCCAAAAAAGACUCCACCCCUCAGGGUGGCCAUCCAAAACAAAACAAUCAGGGCAGUCCUGGGCAGCAAGGCAAUUAUCCCAGACAACCAGGUGCAGCAGGCAACCCUAACCAGUAUCCAGGACAAAGUUCUCCGUAUGGAGGGAAUGGAGGGGGUUAUGGAGGCUAUGGAGGAGGUUAUGGACGGUAUGGAGGAGGUUAUGGAGGUAAUCGUCCUUCUGAGAAUUCCAGAGGGUUUGCUCGCAGUGCAGUAGUAGCUGCAGCUGGAGGUGCAGUGGCAGGAACGGCCCUGGGCUAUGGGUUAGGACAGUUCCACAAUCCUCACUUUACUGUCCGCAGCCCUCAAGAGGAGUAUUAUUACAAACACUACAUGCACAGGAACCAUGGGUCUAAAAUCCAAACUAAUAGAAAUACUAACAAAAAUACUAAUACCAAUACCAAUACUACUGAAUACAGCAGCGAUAAAGGAAGAGAUGCCGUAAUUACUCAACCCGUUCAGAGUUAUGAAGACUACAUGGAUGCCUGUAUGAAGAGGUCUGACAUUUUGCCGGUGAAAACUCAAAAGCCCCAAAUCAAACCAGGUACAACUGCCACAGCUACGACCAAAACCAACACGUCUACUCUCGUGACAUCAGAGAGCAACGACACUGCCACAGAAAACCCCUCGACCCCCACCCCUGCAAGUCCAGGCCCUCCAAAUCAGCCCGAAGAAGAUGACACGGUCAGCAUUGUGGAGAUCGGCUACCCGGCACUGAUCGAGCAGGUGAAAACCAGGAGAUGCUUGGAGUUGUACAUGGCUUACUCCAUGAAGUACAUGAGACAGGAAGGGCCGAAAGACGGGAGUACAGGAGGGGUAGAAGGAUUGGAGAUGGGCUUUCAAAGACUUUUAGCAGUAGUUACAAGUGCUAUGCUGAUGCUACUUAACAGCAAUGUACCUGUGCUGCUGCACUGAGAUGUUCAUUUGACAUUAUAGAGAAUGUGUUCAUGAAUAAGAUGAAAAGAUGAAAAAUAACUUGGUGGAAAGGAACCUGUAAUCCUUUCUUUAUUUUGUGCUGACUUCUGCUGUGAGAUUUUAUACUUUAUGCUUCAUAUAAAGCAAACAUUGACGGCACAGAUGGCUGACUUGUGAUUACAGGAGAAAUUAAAAUAAAUAGUUACAAAGCCUUUUCCUGUAACUGUAAAACAAAACGAGCUAAAGGGUUGUUUCUUAUGGGAGAAUGUGAAUGUUUUCAUGAAUCCUAAAGGCUUGCACUUUUUCCUUGUCAUGUUAAAUAAAUGAAAUAGCUUUACUAACUUGUACUUGUGGAUAUUUCAUUGCUUCGGAGCUGGCAAAUGACAAUGUCUCGUAGCAUUAGUGUUAUGAAAAAAGUAGAGUCAGCAUUGGAUUAUGUAUUUAUAUGUUAUUGUAUCCAACCAGCACCUCCAAAUCUGGGAUCAUGAGCCCGUCCAGGCCUCCUCCACACCAUUAUUGUGUUGGGUAAUGACAUAAUUUUCUCUUGGGGAAUAUGCUACACUAAGCUAGAUGUUGCGAUGGGUUUUUCUUUCCCAUUUAAAGGAUCAUGUGAUCAUUCAGCUCCGUAUUAGUCUGUAGAUUUCCAGACAUUCAAUGAUCCCUAACAAAUGUAUCAAACUGUGUGAUUUGGCCCCCCCUAAUGGUCCCGGUCUCUCUGAUAGACUUGCUUUGUAAAGAAUGGUCUAUUUUACUUGUACCUGAGAUUUAAAUGCCACAUUUAAAUCUCUUGUCAGACCUUUAACCUGCUUCAUUACAGAAAUAAUUAAGAACUAGCAAACACUUAUCAGCUCAAAUUAAAUAUGAACCCCUGAAAAUAGGGCAUCGUGUAUAAAAAUGGCUGCAGCUCCAUAAAGGUUAAUGCAAUAUUCUUGUUAAGCAUUUCAAAUUAAAGCUGGCCGUCUGCACGUUGACCUUUUAUUGUUUUUAUAACUGUAGGUCCAGUGUGUUGGUACACAAAAUACCAGACAUAACUUAAAUAAGUGCACUAUUUUGAUUUUUACACUUAAAUGUUUCAGAUAAUCAAAUCAAUUUUUAU